AUGCCAAUAUCGCCCCAACCCUGUCUUCCGGCAAACCAAUUCAAUUCGUUUCAUUAUCUAUCACUUUCUUUACAUAUCUAUCUUUUUCUUUACUUGUCUAUCUAUCUCUUUCUUUACUUAACUAUCUAUCUUUUAUCUAUCUUUCUUUACAUUAUCUAUCUAUCUAUCUAUCUAUCUAUCUAUCUAUCUAUCUCUUUCUUAUCUAUCUCUUGCUUAUCUAUCUAUCUCUUUCUUUACAUAUCUAUCUAUCUAUCUCUUUCUUUACUUAUCUAUCUAUCUUUUAAUAUAUCAAUCUCUCUUUCUUUACUUAUCUAUUUAUCUCUUUCUUUACUUAUCUAUCUAUCUUUUAACAUAUCAAUCUCUCUUUACUUAUCUAUCUAUCUUAUUCUUUACUUAUCUAUCUAUCUAUCUAUCUAUCUAUCUAUCUAUCUAUCUAUCUAUCUCUUGCUUAUCUAUCUAUCUAUCUCUUUCUUAUCUAUCUAUCUCUUUCUUUACAUAUCUAUCUAUCUCUUUCUUUACUUAUCUAUCUAUCUUUUAACAUAUCAAUCUCUCUUUACUUAUCUAUCUCUUUCUUUACUUAUCUAUCUCUUUCUUUACUUAUCUAUCUAUCUAUCUAUCUAUCUAUCUAUCUAUCUCUUUCUUAUCUAUCUCUUGCUUAUCUAUCUAUCUCUUUCUUUACAUAUCUAUCUAUCUAUCUCUUUCUUUACUUAUCUAUCUAUCUUUUAA